GCGAGGGAAGGCCUCGGAUCGCGCUCGUCUCGUCAGCGUCCGGUCAGUCCGUGUUUUCCCGCGUUUCUUUCGUCACGUCGCGAUUUUUCACCCCGAAAUUGGUCGUCGUAAACUGCUCGCGCGAGUGUACACGUGAUCCAAAGGAUAUCAGAGAGACAUUCACGGUGAAACUUGUUCAAUACGUUUCAAAGGAUCCAGAAACGAUCGUUGUGUUUACCAGUGUGCCAAGUGUCAUGGGGAUCUAGGAACGCCGGCGAGGAAUCGAGACGCAUGAGAGUCGAUACCGGGUGAUCGUGAUCACCUGAGGGCCCAGCAGUUUUCGGCGAGGCAUAUCACGAGAUGGCGGACGAUGGUAUAGAUAAUCCGGCGUUCGCCAACGAGGAUGAUUGCGCGACCGAUUUGAAACAGGACAAUGACCAACAUCAAGUGACCUUGGACCAGGAUCACAAGACGGAGGACGGUCCUGUGGAGAAUGGGCAUCAUCGGACGCAAUUUGUGUCGCAGCAAUACGUGGAGGCCGGAAGGACCAGCCCUGAUUCACAUUACAGAACCGAGACAAAGAUCGAGCUGCCCGACAGCAACGACAAGACCGUCGUCGAGCCGAAGAUGAACGGCGUUCAUGGGAAUGGAAAUAACAAUGACGCUAGUUUCUUGAAUAACAGCGCGACCAGCGUGCAGAUCAAUGACACUGGAAAAAAGGAGCAAAUCGAAGCCGUAAACUUGGAACUGGUCUCGAUGAGGCCUUACGCGGGCAACAAUCUACAGACAAAGGGUCAAGAGGCUUGCGAGGUGCCAGCUGAUCCCUACGAAGAGUACUUCGUUCCAGUAAACGAGCAUCGAAAGUACAUCAGCAGGGGUCCCGAGGCCGAGGUUGAAACAACCGUGGCUGGAGUGCGUUUUGAUUUGGGCCCCGGCGUCGGCCGUGAGGGACUCAGCCUGAGAGACCCUGCCGCCGGACUGGUCGACUAUUCCCACUGGCUGACAGCCCUCAGAGGCGAGAAACUUUAUGUAACGAAGGACAAGAGAUCAAGGAGUUCGUACUGGAGAAGGAUGGCUUGCUGGGGAUGUGGACUGAUGGUUCUACUGGUAGCGGUCAUCAUUGCCAUUUUGGCCGGAACUGGAGUGAUCCUAACGCAAGAAGCAUCAGAACCCUUGGAAAAUCUCCAGCAAACCAAUUCCCGGCAAUUUGGUGACGUACGAACCGCAGGAAGUCAAGAGUACGUGAAAGAUCCGCCAUCGAGUCCGCCACCUGCGACUUCAAGCUUCCCACCCUGGCCAACUACCGAUGAAACCAUUUACAACACCGUUCCAAGUGCCUUAGACGGUAUAUUAAAACUAGACGACUUCCAUUGGGACAAUGAUUUCAGCAAUCCAAAGUCGAGAGUGUACAGACAAGUCAGUUCAGAGAUAGAAGAAAAUUUGAAGAAUAUGUUACAACAGCCCCCAAACAAUACAACAGUCAUCAAGGUAUACGACAUAAACAGGGAUGGUGAAGUGAGGUUUAGGAUAAGCUAUCCGUCACGUUCAAUGCCCGAAGAAAUGCAACAGCUGAUCGAGCAGACGCUACAGAAGAGUGGCAACAUAAUUGGACAAUAUCACUUGAGUAGUUUAAGAGUGAAUAAAUUAAUUGAUCAGUGUCAGAGUGGAAAUCUCCAGUGUUCAGAAAGGUGCGAAUACGAUUACUCUAAAGGUCUGUUUGUUUGCUCCUGUGGGGUUGGAAAGGUAUUGGACAGUGAUGAAAAGAACUGCAUUGAUGAAAAUGAUUUGAGUAAUGUAGAAAUGGAUGAUGAGAUACCGGAAUCUAAUACGGAAGUGGUGCACGAUUAUGUUCAGGGAAGGAGUAGAGGCCCUGGUACUGUAUUUGAACCUAGAAGGCCUGAUAAUUGGGAUCAUUUGGACUUCACUACCGAGUCAACGCAUAAUAGACAUGCCUCACCGCAAGGUAAUGAACAUGAGUUUCAUGUACAACCACAUGAUUCUUCGCCGGGACCAGAGCCUACACAGAUGACUACGACGGAACAGAAUCGUGAGUUUAAUGGAGAAUCUGAUCCAAUAAACUGGAUGCAUUCAUCACAUGGUCACUCGACUCCUGACCAUUCAACGCAUGAUCAAUCAAAUCAUGAUCAUUCAGCACAUGAGCAUUCGGAAUACGAUUAUUCUACUCAUGAUCAUUCAGCACAUGACCACUCGAUGCAUGACCAAUCAGAAGAUGACCAUUCGAUGCGCGAAUAUUCGAGUGAGUAUCCUACCGAACCAAAAAUUGAACCAGAAUCUAGUUCUAAACCGGAACCAUCUGUAGAACCAGAACCUUCUGCGGAACCAGAACCUUCUGCGGGACCAGAACCUUCUGCGGAACCUGAACCUUCUGCGGAACCUGAACCUUCUGCGGAACCUGAACCUUCUACAGAACCUGAACCUUCUGCGGAAUCUGAACCUUCUACGGAACCUGAACCUUCUGCGGAACCUGAACCUUCUGCGGAACCUGAACCAUCUGCUGAGCUAAAGCCAAAUGUUGAACCCGAAUUUCCUGUUGAGCCAGAGCCUUCUACAGAGCCAGAACCAUCUGCAGAGCCAGAGCCUUCUGUACAACCAGAAUCUACCUCCCAACCAGAAUCUCCUGCAGAGGCAGAGCCUUCUUCUCAAUCAGGAUCUCCUGCAGAACCAAAGUUUUCUUCUGAAUCAGAGUCUUCUACCGAACCAAUGCCUUCUUCUCAACCAGAGUCUCCUGCAGAAGCAGAACUUCCUUCUCAAUCAGAGCCUCCUACAGAGCCAGAGCCUGCUGCAGAGCCAGAGUCCUCUUCUCAACCAGAGCCUGCUGCAGAGUCAGAGCCCUCUUCUCAAUCAGAACCUUCUGCAGAACCAGAGCCCUCUUCUCAACCAGAACUUUCUGCAGAACCAGUUCUUUCUUCUGAACCAGAAGAACCGUCUCCUGCGGUGACAGAAUCUACUUCUCAAACAGAACCUCCCACUAAACCAAAGUCUCCAACUAAAUUAGAAGUAAACAAUAUGGAAUCUCCUAACACAGAAACUAUGGCCAAUAUUGAACCAGAGUCUUCUGCUGAAUCCAAACCUUCAAUUGAAGUGGAAUCUUCUCUUAAACAUCAGUCAUCAGCUGAAGCAGAAUCUUCAACUGAAGUAACACCAAUUGCUGAACCAAACCCUACUAAUGACUCAGAAUCGUCAACAAAAUCUGCAGUAACUGAACAUCCUGUAUUAUCUUCUCAGCCGGAUUUUACUGUCAGACCUGAAAAACUUGGAACUGAGACUGCUAUAGAACAUGAAUCACCAAUUUCAUCAUCCACAGAACCCGAAUUUCCCAUCGAUGAAAAGUCUCAUCAAAAUGUACCUAUUACAGAACAUUCUACUGAAAUACAAAACACAAUGAGGCCAAUAGAGUCCGCAGAAGAAACUCCUGGUAAAACAGAAUCCUCUACUGAAUCUGCGACUAUGAAUAAAAUGUCUGUUGAAACAAUUACCGAAUCAACUUACACUGAAUUACCUAGUAUGACGAAGGAAGCAGAAUCUCCAAUUGAAUUUUCGACUACAAUAUCUAUGAUCGAGAAAGAAAUGGUAAAUACUUUUACACCUAACGCUCCUAUAAAUAUAGGGUCAGAAACUACAAUAUCAAUGAUGCCUGAAGUGACCACAUUGCCAAGUAAUGAGAAAUCUGUCGAUGAAAUAGCAAGUAAUGAUACACCCUUACCAGUGAUACCUUUGAUGCCUGAUACCGAAGAGGCUGUAACGUCAAAUCAUUCCGAGGAUCACUUCGAAUCAACUGUUACGACAAUGGAUACGACAAUGGUGAAGGAUGAUAAUAAAGAUAAAAUAACAACAAUGACCUCUAUUAAGAUGGAUAUAGAAGAAACAGCGAAGGUUGAACACGGCACUGAGACUAACAUGUCACAGGAUGAAGCAACUGAAGCUACUACAAUGAAUAUAAGUAAGGAGGAGUCUGAAAUUAUGAACUCUUCGUCCGAAUCUAAUUCCGUCUCCCUGUCUAGCACACAGUCCUCAGUUUCUGAGGAAUUCACUCUAAAACCUGAAACGACUCCUCUUGUAGUAGAUAACAAAUCAGAAAACGUUACUGAAAUAAAUACCAUCGUAGAGAACAGUACUACAGAAGCAAGUAACGAAGUAGCUAAAUCAAUAUUAUCUGGCGAAUCUUCAGUUGUGCCAGAAUCACUUAUGCAUGAAACCAACGAAACUAACAUCAUUGAGCACAUGCCAACGACUGUCUUUCCUAAAUUACCAAAAAAUUUUGGUCACAAUGUAGAACCUUUGUUAGAACCUCUUAAAAACAAUACAGGAGAGGAGCACAUUAUGUUAAUUCCAAAAACUGAAUAUACAGCAGAAAUACAUGAUCCUCAUGCGAUAAUUCCUCAACUAAUUCCUGAACAAAGCGUCCAAUCUUCUAAUACAUCCUCAAGCGGUGUUCCUGAAGGUUCAAUUGUAGAAAAUAAAAUUCAAUCUUCUACAGAAGCUAUUCAAACAGUUCUACACCGUUCCACGAUUCAUCCUGAACAGAAUGUAGUUUCUUCAGGCGAUCCCCUUCGUUAUGAAGACAAUUUAGAUCAUUCAACCAAUCAUCCUCUGCAUCCAGCAAUGUUCCCUGAAAAUGCAAUCGAACAAACUACAGAGAAAUUUGAUCCAGCUUAUGAUAAACACGUAGAUGAUAUGUCUCCCUUCUUGCCAGAUAUUCAAAAGGAAAAAGAGGUGAAGAAAGCCCCCAGAUUGGAUAAAGAUGAGCAGGAUGUACCCAAUCCUUUCGAAGGACACGUCGAAGAUGUUGUUACUUACAAAUCCACGGAACAAAGUAUGAAUGACACUAACGUGAAGGAUUCUCUGAAUGAUGUUCACGUAGAAACACACGAUGUCAAAAUACCUGAAGAACAGGAAGAGGAAAAGAAUAGUGUGAAAAAUGUGAUGACUGGAAAUGAAGUGGGUCGUGGUUUCAAGAGUAAUGGUUUGGACGUUGUUGAAAUUAAUAACACGGAGUCUGGAAUUCAAAAUGGACUACAUAAUUAUGAUAUUAAUAAGCCAACUGAGGAUGAAGAAUAUGCUAUAAAUGAGAAGGAGAGUAGAGAAGGUUCCGAGGAAGAUGAAGAGGCGUUAAGAGUAAUACCAUUGGAGGAACAGUUCAAGGAAACUGAAACCACUGUGAAUAAUGCAGAUAAGAAUAAAUCAGGAACCACAACAGAAUCUAACAUAGUUACCACUAUUCCAACGGAAGAAAACGAAAAACAAUCAAAAGAUUCUAUGAAUAAUGUUACUGCUUCUGAGAAACCUGAAGAAAACGCAGUAGAAGAUCAAUAUAACGAUAUAAACGAUGAUACUUUGUCUAAAGGGUAUCAACAGGAUGACUCGGAGAUACGAGGGAAAGUUAAGGAUGAAUCUGAUAAAUUAGUAACAAAUGAUGACGAGAAAUCGUCCAAAAUGACAGACAUACCUUACACAAACGAUAACAUGAACGUUACAACGAAUGAUACUGAAAGUGUCCCAGAUAACCAUACAGAGGAUGCUAAAUUAACCACGCAAAUACCAGUGUUACCAUUGGAGAUACAGCAAGAAAUGUCUACAACUGAAAAAAUCGAAAGCACAACUGUAACUGAAGAGAAUCCUCGAAAAGACAAUAAUACAGAACAUGAUAAUAGCGUUCAGGUUAGUAUGGAGGAUACCACGACAGUUCAAGUACCGACAACUCACAUGAUGCCAUUAGAAACCAAAACCACUGCUCAGGUACCAAUAUUGCCAGAAGAACUGCAAACUACUGAAAGUGACGUAUUGUUAACCACCUCCACAAUGAAGCCAGACGCUGAAGUGAAAACUAGUGAUUUAGAAAAUGUACGUUCUAAUAAUACGGAAGUUGAACAGACGGACUCUUCAAAACCCAAUACUGAUGAGAUGAAUAAUAAUUCGGCUGAAGAUUUGGUAACUAGCGGUGAUGAAAAAGUGAAUGCUCAGAAUGGCACUGCAGUCGAUCUGAUGACCAGUGCAGUGGAACAUGUAAACAACACAAGUAUUAAUAACACAUUGUUAGAACCAAAUAUUUCAGUACUAGAUAAUACAAGUGAGGAAAAUGUGACUACAAUGAACGUAGAGAAAAAUAUGCAGAAGAAUUUAACAGAAGAUUCAACGGAAUUACAUAAACAGACGUCUGAGAGUUCCAGUACGACAGAGGAUAUUAGACCAGUUACCGAGAUAUUGGAAGAUGACACCCAACCUAUAGGAUUCGAUUAUAAAAUACAUUUUAUCACCACUACACCUAAGACUAUGUUACCCAACUUGGAUGCGGACGAAUUGUCGGAAGAAAGCUUAAGAGUGAUUCCAUUGGAGAAGAGUUUGGAAGUGAAGAAGAAGUCAGUGGACAAGAAAGUUAUUGAUAAAUACAAACACAAGAAGGAGAAGGAAUUAAACUUGGAAGAGGACGAGGGUGAAAAUAUAUCAACAGAGAUUCCAGAAUCGGCUACGGUAUUCUCUACUGAAAUACCACAAAUAUUUGCUGAAAAGGAAAAAGCUCAAGAAGAGAACCAUACUGCGACUAAUACAGACAUCCACGUAGAAGAAAAUUCUGCACCUGUUCCACAAUUGAAGAUCAUCGAAACGACCAGCGGAUCAAACCAAAUAAAUGUACAAACGUCCGAAACCUCUUCUAAUGAAAAAGAGAGUCUGAAUGACAAAACAAGCAUAACAGUCCCAGACAGUUCAAAGAAGUAUCCUAGCUUCAUACCGGUUUCGGAGAAGAUAGAAGAGCCAGAACCGGUUACAGAGCCAUUCGUAGUUCUCCGAAACUUCAAUUUCCAUCGAUCAGGCGUAGAUUUUACAACAGAAAAUCCAGUCAUCAAUGGACCAUCUAACGAAGGCCAUACAGCUAUAGAACCAGGACAAGUGAUUGAAAUAAAUGGAGAACCGAACCAGACAGGUUCACAGUCUUCAGUAUUUCCUUCGAAUCAAUCGUCGAUAGUGUCGACUGCACAGGAAACAAAUCACGUUGCGAAAGAGAGCAUCGACACGACAGUUGCACCGUCCACGCAAACUAAAUUACCGGAUGCAGUUGUGGAAAGUACUAGCCAUAUCGAUGUUUCUUUCCUCAAUAUCCCUCCAAGUACUGUUUUCUCGAAAUGUACAACUGGCCAGUUCCAAUGUGUCAAUGGAACAUCCAGGGAUGGCGCAUACUGCGUGAAACUAUCAGCGAAAUGCGACUCCGAGAAUGAUUGUUCCGAUGGUUCGGAUGAAUUAAAUUGUAAGGAGGAAGGUUGUCCAGGAAACUUUCAGUGCGCAAGCGGUCAAUGUCUAAAGCGAGACCUGGUGUGCAAUAAAAUUGUCGACUGUGAUGAUGGAAGUGAUGAAAAGAAUUGCGAAGAAUGGAAGUGUCAAUUCGAUGAAUUUAGAUGUCCCAGUGGAAGAUGCAUCCCAGGCAUCUGGCAAUGCGAUGGUCGACCAGACUGCGAGGAUCACCGAGAUGAAUACAAUUGUGCCGAAAGUUGUGGAAACAACGAGUAUCUUUGCCCAACAGAAAAAUGGUGCAUACCAUUAACGUGGCACUGCAACGGGAUUAGAGAAUGUGCUAAUGGAGAGGACGAAAAAUUAUGCGAUUGCGCUCUUGAUCAGUUCAAGUGUCAAACAGGCGGAUGUGUGCCUGAAAAUCAAGUCUGUGAUGGGAUAGAACAUUGUCCUGAUCAUUCUGACGAAUGGAACUGUUUAAUGACAAAUAUGACUAUGGAGAAAAAGUCAUCAGAUGGACAAGGAGAAGAUAACAUCGAGAAUAGUGGUGUUCAAGAAUUUGGUGGAAGUUCUUUAUUAAAAAUAAGACAAUACAACGAUGAGUAUCGUCUUGUGUGCUCCGACGGAUGGAGCGAAGAAUUUAGCAACUCUUACUGCCGAUCUCUAGGAUUUGCUGGUUCUGAGAGCACAGAGCUCCAGACAUGGGAUAAAAUCCAGAAGAUACUCAGACUAAAGUUGAAUCCUAACCAUCGUGCGCCAUUAGUCACAAAUUUGGAACAAGUGGAAUUCUGCAUCUCCGACAAGGUCGUGCAGAUAUCUUGCCAAGAAUUUUCUUGCGGUUCUGACUAUGGCGAAGGACCAACUGCCAGAUUGGUUGGCGGAACACCAGCCAGCGAAGGACAAUGGUCCAGCGUGGCCUUGCUAAAGGAACCUAAACACGGUGCUGCUUGCACGGCAAGCAUAUUGGGACCUAUGCAUGUGCUUGCCAGUUAUUCCUGUAUUCACAGAUAUAAGGAAAGUAGUGGGUGGCAACUUUUCACCGGUGAAAACCUAUUAAAAGCACAUCCCGUGAGGAACAUCAUUCCCUACCCGCAAGUGAAAUACAAUCAAUUUUUAUACAACAAUGAUAUCGCGUUAGUUGAGCUCGAGAAGCCUCUAACUUUCUCAAGGAACGUUAGCGCCGUUUGUCUUCCGAAACAUCCUAUUCAACCGAGACAGAUAUGCGUCAUGGCAGGAUGGGGAUUCUCUGCGAAUGGCGAAGUGGAUUUACAAAAAUAUUUGAACUUCCUACCAUUGCCAACGUUAGACUCUGAGAAGUGCAAUGCAACUAGCCAUUAUGCAGGGUUCAUCACAAAGGACAAUAUAUGUGCUGGAUUUACUGAUACGAAUAAAGGACCUUGCUACAACGACGAAGGAGCACCUCUAAUGUGUGAAACUGGCGGAGGAUCGGUCAGAUGGGAAAUUCAAGGGCUACUGAGUCACCAUAGCAGAUGUUCGAGAGGUCAUCCGGCAAUUUACUCUAGCGUGGAACCAGCAUUAUCUUGGUUGCGAAACUCCGUACCCGCUUUGCAAACGCAAAGUUAAAGUGCUAUAAACGUGAUUACGUUCUUUUCACGAGGAUGCGCGAGCAUUAGAUGAAUUUUAAUUUGAUUUAAAACGAAUCGACGACAACGAUACACUGGAACGAACGAACAGUAGAAACGAAAUAAAGAAAUUCAUUGGAAGGGGAACUAUCCGGUAGAAUGUCGAAGUUCCUGUUAAAAUUCACGAGACAUAAAAACUAUGUACUUAAUUUGUAUCCGUCUGUAUUUUCCAAACGGUAUGUUCCUAUUUAAAUGCAAAGAACGCGUUCAACAGAUAAUAAUACAAUCGCGGCCAUAAUUGAUUCUACAUGAGAAAAAAGUGUUCUGAAUCGUGAUCUUUUUUCCUGUCUCUAUAAUGCCGAUUAAUAGGUAGUGCAAUAUUCCGUGGCGAGUUUUUGCGCUAUAUAUAAGAAAUAAAAUUUAUGACGGAGGUACAUAUAAUUGGCAAUACAUGAUAUUUACAAUUAAGACGUUUGUAAAUACUGUAUAAAGUGACUGUUUAAUAUGCUUAACAUUGUAAGAGAUUUUUUUACAAGUUAGCGAAAUAGGUCUCCUAAGAAUGCUGUUCUAUACAUAUGAAAAGAUGUGGAACGUUUAAUACACUCGUUUACUCUGCUGAAUAAUCAACAGGUUUCAUGUAACAACUAUUUCUAAUGGAUUCUUGCUGACAUACACUUUGCAGUUUACUAUGUCAGAGAGAUAUUAACAAAGGUCUAGUGUUACUAAUUAGUGUAAUGUCCAUCCUCUUAUUAGAUUCAAAAGAGUAACAGCAAUAUGAAAAUAUUUAUUGGAAACGAGAGACCAUCAGAUAAAUACACCCAGUUAUUCAAUCAACAGUUUGUCUCAGAGAUCCUAAAGAAGGAUUCCUGAAAUGAACGACGGUAUAGGUUAAGAAAUAGAUAGGGUUAUAUAAAUGUAUAUAAUAUAUAAGUGUUUUAAUAAAAUACAUUGUUAUGAAGA